GUGGCCGGCAGGCCGGGUUUAGCGAUCUGCUCGCCGGGAGACUCGGCUGACACAUAGUUUGCCACGUAGGAGACGGGCCGCUCGGCUUCCACCUCUCGCUUCGUGCCCUCGAAGGAGGCAUCACAAAAAUUCAGGACUACAUGUUGACCUUCUGCCCAACUAAGCAAAAGGAAAGACUUCAACUGACCUCAGCAGGCUGGAAUGGAGAAAUGAGGUACCAAGGUUAAUAAUUCUGCCUUUUAACUUAUCCCUGGCUUUGCACAUUUUCCUUCUGGCAAAUGCUGACAGCUGCGUGGGAAGCAGCGAGGCUCCGUGCCGGUGACCGCCACCCGCCCGGGAGGGAGGCAGGCGGCGCGCCGGGAGGCCGGGGGGAUGGCAGACACCGCUCUGGCGCGUUGGCUGGACCCGCUGAAGACACCCAGAGCUGCGCGACCGGCAGCAGCGGACAGAGAUGGCUCCCGUUCCUCUACGCUCAACCCAAUGAAUAAUUAAUGCCCUUUUCAUAUAAAAUAGCAUAAUGUACUUUUCUCAGUGCGCGCUACUAGCACAGCUACGGAUUCUAUUAAAGCUGUGUAAUUAAAUGAACUGCAGGAAACCAAGGAAACGGUUUAGAAUUCGUGGCUACAGCUCGUUUAAAGAACAUUCACCAGAGCGCAGCGGCACCGGCCCGCUCCAGAGAAGUAAGUUAACGAGGGACGACGAAACCGGGGGCCCAGCAAGGUAUUGUCUUAAAAUUGAUCGUCCAGCACUGUCCGGGCUACGCGGCGUGGGGCGAACACACGUUUACGGGCGCUAUCAGGCCGGUGAUUCCGCCGGGGCGGCCGCUCUCCCGCCUGUCGCGCUGCUGUCGCGCCGGGGCGGCCGAAGCCCGCGGGGCGCCGCAAAGCGCGGACGUCCCCGGGCUGCGGUGGGCGGGGCGGCGGCGGCCGUUGCGGGAGUUUUGAACGGCGGCGGCGGCGGCGCUGAGGAGGAUGCGGCCGUGUCGGACGGGCGCCGGCGGACAGGGGCCGGAAUGCGACAUCCAAGAGAAGAUUAACUUUGAAAUCCGCAUGCGAGAAGGCAUCUGUAAACUACUUGCCGUGAGCACACAAAAAGACCAACUCUUGCAAGCGGUUAAAAACCUGAUGGUUUGCAAUGCUCGUAUACUUGCAUACAGGACAGAGCUACAGAACAAAAAAGAAGGGCCGGUCUCCUGCGGAACUGAAGAAGGGUCUUCAGCAAAUGGGUCAAAAGACCGGGUGGCAUGCGGAGCAAAGGUUGCUGUAACAGAUAUUCGAAUACCGUUAAUGUGGAAAGACUCUGAUCACUUCAGCAAUAAAGAAAAAUCACAGCGCUAUGCAGUUUUUUGUUUGUUCAGAAUGGGAGCUGAGGUUUUUGAUACAGAGGUGGCUGUUGUGGAUAAAGCAAUAACAGAUAUCUGUUUUGAAAAUGUAACCAUAUUUGAUGAAGCAAGACCAGAUUUCCAGGUGAAGGUUGAAGUGUAUAGUUGCUGUACAGAGGAGUCUUUAUAUGUAACAAACACUCCUAAGAAACUAGCAAAGAAGCUUAAAACAUCCCUCAGUAAAGCUACAGGGAAGAAACUCAAAGCUUCGCUGGAAGAAGACAUCACUGAAUCACUGUUGCCUGCUGACCCGGUCAUCCACGGAGCAAAGUACAGUUUGCUAGCGUAUACCACUCUGGGGCUGGAGAGCGCUGGCGACAAUUUCAAGACCCACAACCUUACCAUUACAGGAAAUGAGGAAUCCUCUUUUUGGGUCCCCCUGUAUGGAAGCAUGUGCUGCCGUUUAGUUGCCCAGCCUUCCUGCAUGGCCAGGGACAUGAUGGCAGGAUUUCUUAGUCAGCAGCAAACGCUAGGAAGCCUAACUAGCUGGAGGAGGCUGUAUUGCGUACUAAGAGGUGGCAAGCUCUUUUGUUAUAACUCACCAGAAGAAAUUGAGGCUAAACUGGAGCCAGCAUUGACAGUUUCCAUCAACAAGGAAACCAGAAUUCGAGCUGUGGAUAAGGACCCCAAGAGAAGAACUAAUAACUUCUCUGUUAUCAACCCCAUGUCUGGAGAGGCUGUGACGCAACUUUUUGCUACUGACAGUAGGGACGACCUUCAUAAGUGGAUGGAGGCUUUCUGGCAGCACUUCUAUGAUCUGAGCCAGUGGAAACAUUGUUGUGAAGAACUUAUGAAAAUUGAGAUUAUGUCACCACGGAAACCACCUUUGUUCUUGACAAAAGAAGCGACCUCCGUCUACCAUGAUAUGAGCAUUGAUUCUCCAGUGAAACCUGAGGGCUUAGCUGAUAUCAUACAAAGAAAAAUCAAAGAGAGCGAUGGUGAGUUCCUGCUUGGCCAGCAAAAAGAAUCUGCGUCUUCCUUAUGGGCCUCACUCUUUGAUGGAUCUCAUGAGAUGGUUGUUCAGAAAAACAUGCAUCCGGGCUCAAAAAGAGAUACUGCAAGUCCUACUGAUGGCAGAGGAAAGAAAAGAAGAGCUCCGCCUCCACCUUCUGAUAAGUUACCAUACACUGCAAAAGCCCAGGUGAACACAGAGCAAUUGGGCAAGGAAAACCAGGAGAAGCCUGAGCGCACAUCUGCUGGUACUUCUUCCUUUGAUUCAAAGUUAUCUACAAUAACGCAGCAGUUGCAGACACCCAUUGCUGCUCCUCGCAAAAUUGGUCCUUGUAGAAAAAUCAGUUUAGCUGGCCAUGGGAAUCCCAGUUCAUUGGUUACCAAGACUGAGUCGGAAACAAAACCAGUACUAACCCCCAGACAGAAAUGCAUUACGGAAAUGCUAGACCCUAGGUCAUGGUUGCAGCCAUAGACACCAUAAUUAGCUGAGUAGGGUCCCUGGAAUUUUACAUUUCUCAGCCUUAUACCGUAACUCUUGAGCAAAAAUAGAUUUUUAGCAUAUAGCUUGUAAUUAUUGAGGCUAAAGUUGUUUUUUUUUUCUUUUAACCAGGGCAUUACUACUAGCUGCAGUCUCAGCUGUGCUCAUUAUCGCUAACAUCUAAAUAAUUGCACUAGUAACAGAGGGGGGUUAUCUCUAUCUGAAAUAACGGUGCAACUUCUGAAAAGAGCGGUUCGGUACUUUCCCCUUGAAGAACCAGCGGUGUUCAGGGUAACUCGGUGUCCCUGCAGCAGGGAUGUUACCAUCACCUUCUACCGGUCCCGCAGCUUGGCCCAUCUG